AUGCCGCCAGAGCAGCUCCAACCCAGCCAGCCCUUCUCGGGCGUCGGAGGUGGUCCCUCCGACUCCUUGGGGCAGAUCCGCCUCCCGGUGACCUUCAGAACCCGCGACAACUUCCGCACGGAGCUGGUCAACUUUGACAUCGCCCGCAUCGGCCUCUCGCACAACGCCAUCCUGGGGUACCCCGCCUUGGCCCAGUUCAUGGCCGCGACCCAUCCGGGCUAUAACCUCAUGAAGAUGCCCGGGAGUGGCGGCGUCCUCACCGUGGCCGGAGAUACCAAAGAAGCUUUCCUGGUGCUCAAGUUCGCCCUCAAGCUCGGGAGAAACGCCGAGGCCUAUGUCGAUGACAUCAUGGUGAAGUCUCGGGAGGCCAAGACCCUGAUACAAGACCUGGAAGAAACCUUCACGUGCCUUCGUGAAGUGGACCUGCAGCUCAACCCAGAGAAGUGCGUGUUUGGCGUUCCUUCCGGCAAGCUUCUGGGCUUCCUCGUCUCCCACAAAGGAAUCAAGGCCAACCCAGAGAAGGUCAAGCUGAUGAAGAAGAAGGGCCCGUUUGAAUGGACACCGGAGGCUGAUGAAGUGUUUCAAGACCUCCAUAGGUAUCUGAACAGCCCUCCUGUGAUGGUGGCGCCACGCCGCCUCAAGCCCCCGGUACUCUACCUCGCCGCCACGCCCUACUCCGCCAGCGCAGCUCUCGUGGCGGUUCGGGAAGAGCGCCGGGUCAAGGCUGCGUUGUGCCCAGCCACGGCCCCAGCCAUGGCGGCACAAGACCAAGAAGGCCUCGCGAAGGCCACGGCCUCGGCAGAUGGAGUCCAGCCUCAGCAGGAAGACGCCCCUAGGACUGAAGAGGUCACGCCAGGUCACCCCAUCAAAGUCGUCUCGGCCUACCCGUUGGAAAGGGUACUCAGGAGCCCCAAUUCAGCCAGAAGAGUCACUGAAUGGAACAUCGAGCUGCAAGCGUUCCAGCUGGAAUUCAGCACAACCAGGGUCAUCAAGGGAGCUGCCCUUGCAGAUUUUGUGGCGGAGUGGACAGAGGCGCCAGGGCUCGAAGCAGGCAAAGAUCGGUGGCUUUCCCCAGGAAGCGAAGCACCAAACGGCUGGGUCAUGUACUUCGAUGGAGCAUUCUCGCGACACGGCGCGGGAGCCAGCGCAGUGCUCGUAUCCCCCACUCAGGACAAGCUCUAUUACGCCGUGCAACUCUAUUUCCAGCAGGGCGAAAAGGUUUCCAACAACAUAGCAGAAUACGAGGGCCUCAUAGCCGGCUUAAGGGCCGCGGCCACACUGGGGGUAAAGCGCCUCAUCGUCAAGGGGGACUCAAAGCUCCCCGUCAACUUCUCCAAAAAAGUAUACGAGCCCAGGGACGAGCACAUGGAGGUGUAUCUUGCAGAAGUGUGCAAGAUGGAAAAGCAGUUUCUGGGGCUGGAGCUGCAGCACGUGCCUCGCGGCACCAACCAGCAGGCUGAUGACAUCGCCAGGAGGGCAUCGAGGCGGCUGCUUCAGGAGCCUGGCGUUUUCGAGGAGCGACUCUUCAAGCCCUCAGCAGCACCGUUGCUAUCAAGCACAACGCAGCCUCGGGAGCAACUCCCCCAACCGCCCGCCUCAGGAGCUCCGGCCUGUGGCCUGGCCUCAGGAGCACGCUUGCUCCUGGCGCUGGAGCCUCAGGAAGGAUGCUGGACCGCGGAGCUCAAGGAUUACCUGACGCAAGGGACUCUACUAGAGAAGGAUGAGGAUGCGGAACGCAUUCAUCAGCCAGCUCAGGGCUUGCAGACCAUUCCACUCUCAAGGCUGUUCGCGGUUUGGGGGCUGGACAUCCUAGGCCCGUUUCCUUGGGCGCCAGGGGGCUAUCGCUACCUCUACGUCGCCAGCGACAAGUUCACCAAGUGGGCAGAGGUGGAAGCUGUCUGCGCCAUUCCGGAUGGCUCCGCAGUCAAGUUCAUCAAGGGCCUCAUAUGCUACGCCUCGGUGGCACGCCCUCGGAGCAAUGGCCAGGCUGAGUGCGCCAACGCAGAGUGGAGGGUGCACCGCCAGCAAAGGCUGCGCGCGCGGGCAAACGUCUGCCAACCGCGGGCCAGGGCCACGCUCCCGGCGGCGGAGAUCUUCACCGCGACCCAGGAGGCCCUGCUGCAGCAGCCGUCCGCCUGGAGCCAGAGCCCGCCGGGGGCACCGGCCGGCAGUUCGCUGGCGAAGAAGAGGGGAAGCUCGAGCCAGUUGCCGGUUGGAUCCGUCGACCACACGACAAACUCCGGCAGCACCUCUGCCGAGUGA